AUGCCCGCGCCCGCGAACGUCGCCGCGCCGGCGCCGGCGCCGAAGCCGACGAUGAGUAUCAGCGAGGACGCCAAGAAGGUGGCGAUCAAGCUGCAGCGAGAGGCUCUGGAGAGGAUAGAGAAGGGCAGCGCCGAGCUCGACGAGCUCUUCGUGAAGAGCUGGAAGUAG